AUGGUUGGAGUCACGCCUGGCGCGACACUUUUACUUUCACCGCCUUCUUUGACUUCGUCGCCGACAGGUCCUGCUACGAUCGCUUCGCUACGGACAGAUACGACUGAUCUUCAGAUGCUGGAUCGUGUCGUUGAAGGUCUUGCGCUUCUUCCCGCCGAGGCGUACUCUGCGGUUAUCUUUGCGCCGGGUAACCCAGGCGAGGUGGAGGGCUAUCUGUCUGCAGCUUUGGAGAAGAUCUGGAAUGCUACGAAGGCGGAGGGCGUGGUUAGGAUAGGUAAGAUCGCGGGAGAACAAAUCAAGGGCGAGGCUUUGUUGAAAGGUUGGAUUGUGGGUGGUGAGGGGGAGGAGUUCACAUUGACGAAGCCGGCAUCGACUACAGCAGCUGCUGUGCCCCUACGUUUACGAAAGAAGACUGGAGGUGCGGCAAAGGCAAAGAAGCUGGCUUUUUUGAAUUUCGACACGAGUGAUGACCUUAUCAAUGAGAAUGAUUUGUUGACGGAGAGUGACCUGGCGAAGCCCGUGGUACAGCCCGCUGAGUGUCUGCCUGCACCUGGAAAGCGUCGUAAGGCUUGCAAGGACUGUACGUGUGGUUUGGCGGAGAAGGAAGCUGCGGAUGCCGCGGCUGCGGAGGACGCUCGAAAGGCUGUCACCCUCGGCGUUGACGACUUGGCCGAGAUUGAUUUCACAAAGCAGGGCAAGGUCGUGAGCUCUUGCGGUAACUGCGCUUUGGGAGAUGCUUUCAGGUGUUCCGGGUGCCCAUACCUUGGUAUGCCUGCGUUCGCCGAGGCAGAAAAGGGAACGGUGGAGAUGAGCUGGGGUGAUGAUAUCUAA